ACCCAAAUCAAUGACGUCAUACACAUCAAAAUAGAAAGGAGAUCAACAAAUCCCGGCAUUAUUUAGGUGUUAUCAACAGUGAUCAUAGUGAUGUAAUAUUUUGGAGCAGGCCUAACUGAAUAAGGAAUUUAAAAUUGAUUUUAUAAAUGCAGCUGCAUUAGACUCUGAUGGAUAUUAAAAAGUGCUGUUAAAAUCAUCAUGAGUGAGACAGCAUCCCAAACGUACCACACAGUGGAGGUGGGGGAUUCCACAUUCGACAUUUUAGACCGUUACAGUAAUCUCAAACCAAUAGGAUCUGGUGCUCAGGGAAUUGUAUGUGCUGCCUAUGAUUCUGUGACUGGGCAGAAUGUUGCCAUUAAAAAACUCAGCCGUCCUUUCCAAAACGUCACCCAUGCCAAGCGGGCAUAUAGGGAAUUUGUAUUAAUGAAGUUAGUUAACCACAAAAAUAUUAUAGGUUUAUUAAAUGCCUUCACACCACAAAAAUCUAUGGAUGAGUUUCAAGAUGUAUACUUAGUGAUGGAAUUAAUGGAUGCUAAUUUGUGCCAAGUCAUUAAUAUGGAUCUAGACCAUGAGAGGAUGUCUUAUCUGUUGUAUCAAAUGUUGUGUGGAAUCAAACAUUUACAUUCAGCGGGAAUCAUUCACAGGGAUUUAAAGCCAAGCAAUAUUGUUGUAAAGUCUGACUGCACAUUGAAGAUCCUUGACUUUGGUCUGGCCCGGACACAGGGCACAGGAUUCAUGAUGACGCCAUACGUCGUCACCCGGUACUACCGGGCUCCAGAGGUCAUUCUGGGCAUGGGAUACACAGACAAUGUUGACAUUUGGAGUGUGGGGUGUAUAAUGGCAGAACUUAUUCGGGGAGCAGUCAUGUUUCCUGGUAGUGAUCAUAUUGAUCAGUGGAAUAAAAUAAUAGAACAGUUAGGAACUCCUUCAAGAGAAUUCAUGCAGCGACUGCAGCCCACUGUGCGUAACUAUGUGGAGAACCGCCCUCGCUAUGCGGGCUAUAGCUUUGAGAGACUUUUUCCUGAUGUAAUAUUCCCUCAGGACAGUCAGGAGCAUGCAGGCCUGAGGGCCAGUAUGGCUCGGGAUUUGUUGUCCAAAAUGUUAGUGAUAGAUCCGACGCAGAGGAUAACCACCUCUGAGGCCCUGCAGCAUCCCUACAUCAAUGUCUGGUACGAUGAGCAGGAAGUCAACGGGGUAUGUUCACCUCAACCGGCUCCUGCACCCUAUGACCACACUGUUGAUGAACAAGAACAUACAGUGGAGCAAUGGAAAGAACUGAUCUAUAAUGAAGUGAUGUCAUAUGAAAACCAAGGACAAAACCAAGGAAAGCAGCCAGCACAGCCUAUGCAAAAUCACUCGGCCUGAGACAUUUAGAGACAAUACCCUGAGUCACUCAGUUAUGUAAUAUUUGUACUUCAGUGGAAGCUGUGAACAACGAGAGUGAUGUGCCCUUGGCUGGCGGACCUAGUCAGAAAUGAUACGUAUUGUGCUUGUAAUUUAUUGGAGCUUAGGGAAUGAAAUCCUUCAUGACUGUGAGCUCUGCAGUUGAACUGUGAUUAGGAUAUUGAAUAACCUCUUAGAUGCAAAAUGCUUCAAUAUUUUAUUGUUCUACUGAUUUUUAUUUACCGUAAGAUGUUUGUCAUUUUUUGGAUGUGUGUACCAUGUUUUUUUAGAUUGGAAUUUUUUCAAGAUGUUAAGUCAACUUUGUGUUGGUUAUGAUUAUGUGUAUUAUCACAAAAAAGAAAGUGGAAUGUGUCAUAGAAUCUGAAAUCCCUACUAUAGUAAAGUUUUAAUCAAGAAUGCUUGUUUAAAGCCUGUAGAAAUUCACAAAUUCUUAAUGUGGAAUCUCAGAUGAAAUGAACUGAACGUCAUUAUUUAAUAAUAUUGACAUUCAAAAUUAUAUAUGUAUUGCUGAUUUAAUAUUUUUAAAUAGUAACAAAUUUUAUGUACAAAGGUAAAAUUAUUCAUUCUACAAAGUGUUGUGCGUUGAGAGAUGUAAUUUUUGGAUGCUGCUGUAAGGUUUUGUAUGUGUACUAUAAGUAAAGGUGAGAGAACUUCCAUGUGCUAUUAGAUGUUUCGAAAGUGUGACAGAGGUUGUCAUUAAUUAGUGUGCAAUAAAUUAAUAUAUAUGUUCAUGAGAGAGGUCAGUGUAACAAACUGUAUAUUUGAAUUUGAGACCUAUACAUUUCUAUAACUUAUUUGUAAUUAGAUAAUCUGUACACAAUGAAGAAGUGGAGAACCUAAGUACAUUUACAUGUAUAACGGUUGCUUCAUGUCAAGGUAAAUGUUUGUGAAUCUCGGAAAGAAAAAAAAAAUCACACAUUCCAAUAGCAUGUCAAUGUUUAGUGCAUUUAUAUAGGAAAUCCUUUUAUUUCUCUGUACUGUCCAUAAAUAAUGACCUUCAGUAAAAGUCUUUGUUUUGGAAGAAUGUAGUGAUCAAGGCAAUGGAAUGUAACUGUACUUUUCUCGAUUUUUGUCUACGAUGUGUUUACUGGUAUUAUUUUCAUACACUGGUCUUCCAGCCUUUAAACAAGAAAUAUGAACCACGAUUUGCAGUUUUUGUUUGUUGUUGAUUGCAACAUAUAAGUACCAUAUUUCCAUGUACAUGUAAUUUGUAUCAAGAAAAACUUUUUGUUUUUCCAUUUGAACUUCGAAGUAUACAUAAUGUAAACAGGGGAAAAAACUAGACAAGUGUAUAGUCAAGUAUUUGAAAUUAAUGUUGAUAGAUUUUCAGUUCUGUUUCAAAAGUGUAUUCAUACAUUUGCUCUACGGGAAAGAAGUAUUUCAGUUUAUAUUAAUAUGUGUGAAAUUUCAUACCAGUUUGGCUCUCCUUGGUAAAUUUGUGAUAAUUUGCUGCUCUAUGUAAUAACUGAGCUCUUAUCAAUAGCUCAGAUACCUCAGGCUUGUGCUGUGCUUUUGACAAAUCUGUCUUUCUUUUCGCUUUCAGAAAUUUCAGUAAAUUGUUAAUAUGUUCAUUUAAUGUCUCCAUUGCUGGCAUGGAACAAUUAAAAAGGGAUGUAAU